GACCAUCUGCCAGUGUUGUCUCAUCACGUUCACAGACCGUUCUAGGUUCGCCUCCAGACGGAGAACUUUCUUGACAAAAUCCAGUGUGCUUCCGCCAAUGUUUCUCGAACACUUGUAUGAACUACAGGUGGUGGGGAUUCUCAAACAUGAGGAAACCUUAUACAUUGCAUUCUCUGACUUCGACUCCGAGGUUCUCGGCGGUAAUCGAUGCAACUAUGCUGGAGGAAUGCUGAAUCCACCGACGAGCAUACUUAAAAUUGCGUUGGUACUAUCCGGGUACCCUGUUUUCCCCGUUCCCAUCGUCGUCACGCUCACAGGAUUUCACACAACAUGACUGCUCAAGAUACCAUCCUCAUAGCCGUAAUGGGCGCAACUGGCACUGGAAAAUCGACGUUCAUUAACAAAGCCAGUGGCAUGAGCCUUAUUGUCGGAGAUGGGCUCAAGUCUUGCACGUCAGAGGUCGCAUACUCUAACGAGUUUGUCCUCGAUGGUCGUCGUAUCAUUCUCGUUGAUACACCCGGGUUCGACGACACGACCGUCUCCGAUACGGACAUACUCAAGUUGAUUGCUCUCCACCUUCAAACGACCUACGAGCAAGGCGUCACCUUGAGCGGAAUCUUGUACCUGCAUCGCAUCUCUGACUUCAGAGUGGGUGGCAUUUCACGAAGAAACUUUAGCAUGUUCCGCAAGCUCUGUGGAGAUGAGACGCUUAAAAACGUUCUCAUCGUUACAACCAUGUGGGGCCUCGUCGAUCCAGAAAGAGGUACAGCGCGCGAGAGGGAGCUCGCGAGCGACGACAUCCUAUUCAAACCUGUCAUCGAGAAGGGCGCUCAAAUGGUUAGACACGACAACACUCCUGAACGUGCCAAAGAUAUACUCCGCAGGAUCAUAAAGAAUCGUCCUCAAGUUCUACGCAUUCAGCGCGAGCUUGUCGAUGAAAAGAAGGAUAUCAGCGAGACCGGUGCUGGUGCUGAGCUCGGACGUGAGCUUGCUGAGUUAGCAAGAAAGCACAGAGACGAGUUGAAAGUGAUUCAAACGGAGAUGCAGGCGGCUCUGGCGGCGAAGGACAUGGAGACUAAGAAGGAGCUCGAGGAGUACCAUAAGAAGCUGCAGGAUGAGAUGGAGAAGGCGGAGAGAGAUCGCGAACGGCUAUCGCGAGAUUAUGCUUUGGAGAAGUCGUUGUCCGACCAACGCCUUGAAUUGUUCAAAAAGGAACUCGAGAUGGAGAAGGAAGCAGGGGCCGAACGACAAAGGGAACUGCAGCGACUCCAGGAGGAGCUCGUUAGGAACACUCAAUUAUCUGCCGAAGCUCAGCAGGAGCUGAAGAGUCAAAUCAGUGCACUCCAAAGCCGUGGCCGUCGUGGGGGCUUCUGUUCCAUCCAAUGAUCUUCCGCGUGGGUCACGAUCUGAGGUGAAGUUGCUGUCUCUGUGUACGACUAAGUAGUUAGCUUGAACAGAAUCGAAACAGCAAACAUGAUAAUGAUGUAUGAAACAAGUGUUCGAUAGAUAGAUAAGCAAGGAUCCAGUGCGGCGGCGAUCUUGGCGGCGAUAUAUGUACAUCAGGCUCGAUGACCUUCAGACAAAUAUAUUCAGAACUGAGCGUGAUAAACUAAUGAAUCCUACGCAUGUGC